UCUCUUUUGCUCUUUCAUGUUUGUUCAAGCGCUGGCCGGUGCCCCAAGUAGCUGUCGUUGCCUGUUGGUUUUGAAGUACAACUUCAUUGUGAUUUUGUAAGAGAUGGAUUUCACAUGGGGGACACAGUUUGGUGAUGAUGAUGAUGAAGACAAUGAAGAAGAAGGGUUCCUUGGUCAGGCUGGCUUUGGAGGAAGAGAUGGAUUGAUAUUUUUGAUUGACUGUGCAGAAUCCAUGUUUCAAAAUGGAGAUUCCGAGGAAACACCUUUUGAACUUUGCAUUAAAUGUACCAAGAAUGUCAUUCAAAAUAAGAUCAUCAGCAGUGACAGGGACUUGUUGGGAGUAGUAUUUUAUGGAACGGAAAAGGACAAGAAUCUAGGGGAUUUCAAGAAUGUGUAUGUUCUCCAGCCUCUUGAGCAGCCUGGUGCCCCUGCGGUACUCCAGCUGGAAGCUUUGCUCGAAGAGGGUAAUGAUGACUUUGAUACCAACUAUGGACACAGCAGCACUUAUUCACUAGGAGAUGCUUUAUGGACAUGUCAGAAUAUGUUCUCACACAGCCCUCACAAGAUAAACUACAAACGGGUGAUGCUUUUCACAAACGAUGAUGAUCCACAUAGAAAUAACAAUUCCCUAAAAAACCAAGCUAAAGCCAAAGCUGUUGAUCUACAUGAAACAGGAAUAGAACUGGAAUUGAUGCACAUACAGAAACCUGCAGAAGGUUUUGAUCUAGGGAAGUUUUACAGGGAUAUUCUCUACUUUGAUGAUGAUGAAAACACUGUGCUUGCUGACCCUGCAGAGAAGUUUGAAGAAUUGUUGACAAGGGUGAGAUCGAAAGACCAUAAGAAAAGAGCAACAGCCAGAAUUCCACUGUCCCUUGGAAAGGACCUCAAUAUGUCAGUUGGAGUAUACAACCUAGUCCGUGCUUGUCCAAAACCAUAUGGAGUAAAGCUGUAUAAAAAGACCAAUGAAGAGGUGAAGACUGUAACAGAUUUGAUCCUCAAG